AUGGCUGACUUGAAAACUCCUGUUGAUGAUUCCUAUCACGUCAAUUCUGGUAUUGGAGCACCUCAGCACACAUCAACCCCUCUGCCCAAGAGACGUGGUGUGCCAUCCCUCACACUGCCAGUUGCUGACUCCCCCCACAAUGUACCAACUCUCUCAAGCCUCCACCCGAUGGCAUCUCCCACCUACCUCCAGGCAACCUGCUUCUCCAGCCCCUACAGUGUCUUCCCUCCCUGCUCCACCAGGUACUACACUUCCAGCUUCAGACCAGGCUCCUACAUGGCUUCCAGCUGCACCCUACCACCGAGUCCACCAUUCCUGCCACCAAGUCCAUGCUUCCUUCCAACCCAGUCGUUUGGGGUUUCCAGUGCACCAUUGAGUCCAUCCUUCUUACCUUCCAGCAAAACGGGGACGAUUUCUAGUCCACCAAUUCUGCCCAUCCAUCCAGUAUCGAUUCCAAACACCCCUGCCCUGUCUACACCAACGCAAAUACCAGAUGCCACUCGCCAACAUUCAAAAUGUAUGGAGAUCAGCCUCGUCACAGAGACGCGACCACUUGACUUCAAGCUGCCGUCUUCCUCCAGACCGGACAUUGGUAAAGCUGUUGAUGAUAUCAUCUCAAAAACACUUGAUAGAGUUUCAACAACGAAGACUACCAACUGCCAUUCCUCCGAUCGUCAGUCAGCUCUUGAGAAUAGACUUCAGUCACUCCAGUCAAGGUUCCCAGCAGAGGUUAAAGAACUAUCCAGCUUCCUUGCCUUCUAUUCGUCAUCUAUUCAGAAGGAGCAUGAACAGUGUCUUCAAGAUGGUUUCUUUCCCACGGACUACCACAACUGGCUGACCAACAGAUAUACUGACCAGCUCCACCUGGUAUUCACCAGCAUCGAGAGAAGUCUUAACAAUCUAGAAAAACAAGACAAGAAGCUGUCCCGACCUGCCAGCAGAAACCUCAAUCCUGAAUCCAUCACCUUGAUGGAAUCGUGGUACCAUAAGCAUCUAAACAACCCCUACCCAACUCAUACAGAAGCUGAAGACAUGGCCAACAAGGGUGGCAUCACACUUUCUCAGCUCCGAAAGUGGUUUGCAAAUAAGAGACACAGGACCAGGAGACCCCGAUCUGCCAAAGCCGUAGUUGCUUCCAAGCAUUGUGAGGAGUUCCUGUCUGGCAUAUUCCAGUUGUGA